AUGAGUCUGGGGACCGAUUGUCCUCCAAUCCAUAAUAACUCUGGUGAUGAAUUCUCCAUCUGUGAGGAGAGGACCACAAAAAGGCCUAAGGUAGAAGAAGAGAUUAAUGAUCAUCAUCUGGGAACAACAAGCAUGCAUCAGAUAGAGAUCAAAGAUACUUGUGCUUCUUGUUUGUGUGAUGAUUGUGCCAACUUUGCUGUGACAUUCAGUUUCAAAUAUAACGAUGGUGAAAUUGAGCUUUUACGCAAGGUCGCCACUCACGAAAUACUCCACCGCAGAAAACUCCAGUUGGUACUCAAUCUCAAUCACACCUUGUUGAGAGUCGCCGGUAUCGAUGAUCUGACCCUGGAAGACGAAGCAUAUUUAGAUACCCAAUUCACCGAUGAUCCUCUGCGGCAAGAUAUUCUCAUUGUGACAGUUCCUCCCAAGAUGAAAUCUAUGUUUCUCAAGUUUAGGCCCUUUGUUCAAACCUUUCUCAAGGAAGCCAGUGACAUGUUUGAGAUGAAUGUGUACUCAAAUUCCCCUCUAUCUCUUGUGCGGGAAAUUAUUCGGCUACUGGAUCCAAGAAAUGAGUACUUCGGUUCUAGGGUGUUUUCGCGAGACGAUUUUUGCAGCACCCACCCGAAAAACAAGUGCCUCGAUGUUUUGCUUGCUCAAGAGUCUGCUGUUUUGAUCCUUGAUCAUAAACUAGAGGCAUGGAGGGAGCAAAAUCAAAAUAAUGUAAUGCCUAUGCAAGAGUAUUUUUUCUGUGAAGAAGAGGAAAGCGAGCUCAGAUCUUGUUGCGAGAUGGAAACUAAUGAAGGGUAUUAUCUUGCACUUAUUCUUCAACGUCUUAAGCAGAUACACAAUAGGUUCUUUGAUGACGAAGUAAUAUGUGACAAACUUAUCGACAGAGAUGUGAGGAAGGUGUUAGAAACUCUUCGGGGGUCCGUCUUGGGAGGGUGUAAAAUUGCUUUCGACCCUCUUCAGGCCGAUAAGCUACAGUUGUGGAAGAUGGCAGAGCAGUUGGGAGCUACUUGUGUUGAACAAAUGGACGCAUCGGUCACACAUGUGGUUGCAGCUCAUGCUGGAACACCGGAAUCUCGUUGGGCACUGGAAGAGAGAAAGUUCUUGGUCUAUCCGAGUUGGAUUGAAGCAUCACAUUGUAUGUGGCAAAAGUGUCAUGAAGACAGGUUUCCUGUUUUUGAGGAUGACCAAAUUGGGCAAGACCGCAAGAGAGACAAGAAAAAGAAGAGUAAAAAGGAAGAGAUUUUAGCAACAUCGUCUUAG